AAGCCUCUAGAGAGACUUUGCUGGUUAUGUGGUGAAGUGGUGAAUCACUGAUUGGGAAUGUGCUGAGGAGGGUUUAUUUGGGAUCUGACACUGGUCCAAUCGGAGAUGCACAUGAAUAAUGAAUGAUGGGGGACGGAGCUAAGAGCCGGUGUACUGGGUGGGUGUCAGUCACUCUGGAAGCGGGUGAAUCGGCGGCAUGGAACGGGGUUUGCUGCUGCUGCUGGGGGCGAUGUGCUGGGGCCACGGAGUGCGAGCCGAGUGCGGUCCCUGCCAGGUUAGCUCCUGCCCGCCUGUCCAGUGCCAAGUGCCCGAGCUCCGGGCCAAGGACGAGUGCGGUUGCUGUGAGCGGUGCCUGGGGGUACAGGGAGAGCUGUGCGGGGGAGCGGGGCUGCAGCACGGCCGCUGUGCCCCGGGCUACGUGUGCCUGACCUCGGCGGACGGUCAGCGGCCGGGGAAGGAGCAAGAGGAGCAGGAAGGCACCGGUUUCUGCGUCUGCAAGCACGACUACCCGGUGUGCGGCUCGGACGGCAGCACCUACCCCACCAUCUGCGCCCUGCACCUGGCCAGCUGGCUGUCCGUCCACCGGCUCCAGGGGAAAAUCCACAAAACCCACGAUGGAGAGUGCAAAUAUGCUCCUACCAUUGUACUCACACCAAUUUCGGUCCAGAAUGUGACUGGUGCUCAAGUCUACCUAUCCUGUGAAGUGAAAGCUGUUCCAACUCCCAUUGUCACUUGGAGAAAGGUCACUGAGUCUCCCAAAGGAGUCAAGCUUUUGGAAGAGUUACCUGGAGACCGAGUGAAUGUUGCAGUUCAGGUUCGUGGUGGACCAUCCAAACAUGAAAGCACAGGAUGGGUUUUGAUUAAUCCACUGACGAAGGAAGAUGAAGGUGUCUAUCAGUGUCAUGCCAGCAAUAUCCUUGGAGAGGCUCAGACGGAAGGUACAAUCAAGGUCACAGAGAAAGUCCCUCGAGCUAAAGGUAAGAAGAGGAAUGGUGUCCAAAAGGAAGAAAGCUAAACCCUGGCUCCAAACGUAAUCGCCAUCAACUUCACACCGAUAAAUCCUUACAGUGCUUUUUAGGAUUAGGUAAAGGUGCGACAUAACUAACUGUAUUACAAAUGAUGUAUUUUGUACCAUUUUCUUCGACUUUUGUAAAUUUUAUAAGGUAACAUUGGUAGGCAUAGUAUAAAAAUUGCAACUUGCAGAAUCUCCAGGAUUUGAGAAUCAAAAUUACUUAGUUUUGAACAGGAAGGAGUGAGUUUGAAAGUAUUUAAGUCUCACAGCAGCUAUGAAACGUGGAGACAGAGUGUAUUAUGGUAGCACCAUAACAAGGUUAAUUGAUUAUAAUAAAUUAUUUCAAUAACUAAUUUUAAUCUUUCAUCCCUGGUAUAAUGUUUAACUUUUAAACUACACAAUAGGCUUUUCAUCUUCAGUGCUGCCAAUAGUCUUUUGUAUAGAUUUCUUUAAAAACUGUACUUUUAUAUUAAGAAAUGUUAUCUUCUAUUGUAGUGAAUUAACAAGGUGGAACCUUUACAACUACUGAGUUCCCUGCUAUAAUUUUAAUAGAAAUUACAAUUUGUGAGUUCAUGGAUGCUGCUUAGCUCUUAUCACAGGAAGUAUCCACCUAGGGCUAAUUCAAUAUGGAGGUUGUCAACAAGAACUCUGGAAGCUGUAAUGUAACCAUGAUAUGCAUACCAAUUUAGCUGUCUUUGUUCUGUAUUCGUUUUGAAGUGUUUUAAUAAAUGCCUUCUCUUCA